GCUGUUUUGCUUUCAACAAUUCGUUUACAUUUGUGUUAACCUUAAAUUUUUAGUGUUUUUCAACAAAUACGCGUAUUUUAUUCGCCGCCAAUUAAGUUUUUUGUUUAUUUGCUGUAAAUUAUAGUGAAUUUCUUUUGUUUUGUGUAUAAGCUGAAGUGUUUUGAUAUUCAGUGAAAAUGUCCAUCAACAGCACGGACACCUUGAAACUAAAUCAUACAGCAAUGUUUGCAAAAAUACGUGCCGGUUUGCCGAUUGAGCGCCAACAUACGCAAAAUUUGUUGGAAUCCAAGGAUGACAUGCUGUAUGCAUGGGAUUCGGAAGAUUGCUGCUUGUUAGCAAUGAAUUGGCGUUUAGCGGCUUUUGAGGGAUGCAAUGCUGUCAAAUAUCAGAGUCUCGUACCAUCGGUGCCGCAAAGUUUCCAAGUCGAACGUGUUGUCGCCUCGACAGAAGGCUCACUCAUAGCACUAGCCGGCGCCAGAGGUGUCACCGUGCUAGAGUUGCCACGCCGUUGGGGCAGAGAUGGGCUCUUCAUGGAGGGCAAAGAGAAAAUCACAUGUCGCGCAUUCAAUUUAGACGCUCAACUAUUUAGCAACAAUCCACACCUGGAACUGCGUCAAUUGCGUUGGCAUCCCUUUUCCCCCACUGACUCGCAUUUGUUGGUCCUCCUCUCGGACAAUACAAUACGCGUUUAUGACAACUCUACUCUACGUCACGUCUGGAAGGUGGGACCAGUUCCAAUAAAGUCCGACAACAGUCUCAAUAAUUCGCUAACAACAGCCUUAAUAAUUGGCGAUUUUGCUGUAGAUUUUGAUAUUGCGCCUGCUGUAGCCUUGAAGGAAGACGCAGUAUUAAAUUCUUCAACUACAAUCAAUAAUAAUACCACUAAGGACUCGUUGAAUCAUAGUCGUAAUCUAACGAAAUCGUUAAAUGAGACUACAACGGGAAAUAAUAAAACCGCACAGAGUACCGAACGCUUUGAAUGGCCCAUUGUUGUGCUGCGUGAGAAUGGUAAUAUUUAUAUACUAAUGGCUGGACUGGAUAGUAAUAAACCACGCCUACAAGGUCCCAUAACAAUCACACCACAAAGUAAUAACAAUUAUGGCUUGGAUUCUUGUGCCAUUCUAGUUAUACCAUCAUUGCCACCAACACUCGUGAUUGCGGAAUCGAAUGGCACAUUGUAUCAUGCCUUGUUGCUCGAAGCGGCAGAGGCAGAAGAGUCAUUCAAUGAAGUCGACGCCAGUUUGAUUAUACAUCCAUCUGAGUAUACCAUACAUGUGUUGGAGUCGGUGUUGUUGGAGUUGGGCCUGCCAAAGGAUGAUCCAAAAUCGAAGACUUACAAUUGUCCGAUAUAUUUGAAACGCGAUUAUAUCAAUGAGUUGCGCUACUUUGCCUAUCACAAUGCUGGACUGCAUGCAAUAACCGUUAAUUUCAUAUCCGAACUGCAGCGCUUCGUCGAAAGCGAAGUCGACUCCGACAUCAGUCCACUAUCGAUCGCUUCGAAUGCCGAGUACAUUGUUUGCACGAAAAUCGAUGCAAGCGAACGUAUUAAUGCCGUACUCGGCUUCGUCUUACUACAAAUGCCAGCCGGUGUUGUACUACUACUUGGUAGCGGUGAAGUGAUUAGCCUAAAGCUGAUAAUAGAUCCUAAAAUACUUGUUGAAUCUGUAAAGAUUAAAGAAGAAGUUGAGAAAUCCCUACCCAAGUUGGAUGGCAAGUCUGAAUUAGAUCGUAUGCUGGAGCCGUCUUUUAUCGAUCAUGUCAAGAGCUUGCUCAAACGUGAUGUCACACAACCAAUACUCUCCGUAGAUAAGUCGAGUUCGCCGACACCACAAGAAAGCUAUGAACUGCUAACACAAGCCAUAGAGGUUUUGCGUACACAAUACUUGAGGCGUCACGAGCGUGUGCGCGCUGAGAUUACGAAACGUGUGAAUACAAUAAAAUUGCGUAAAGAUCAACAGGAACGUGAAAUUGUGGAGUUGGAACGGGAGCGUGAGAAUAUACGUGAGACAGCACAUCGGCUGGCCGAACGUUUCGAGGAGAUAAGCGAGCAGCAGGAACUCAUAACAAAGAAAUGUCAGCAUCUGAUGCGUCAAGCUCACACACGUCUGCCCACCAAUCCAAUUGCUGAUAAAGAGUUCGCCAAGGAGGUCGAACGCAUCAAUAAGGAGACUAAAACUUUGGCAAAUGCCAUGCAAAAGGCGCGAGAUAGUAUCAACAAGCAAACUUAUCAUAUCUCCAAGUACAAUCAGACGAGUAAGAAAAAGACUUUCCAUUUGCCAGAGCGACAAGAGAGGAAUAUUAAGGAGAUACUAAUGCAGAUCGCUGCCGAAGUGGAUUCCCAAAUUCGUGAUGUCAAACAUAUUAACAAGAAGCUCGGCGUUUAAUACGAAAAUGUGUAGCCUUCAGUUAAGUUUUCAAGCGCAUUAAAUGGCAAAACUAUCAUAUUUGCUCUGUUCCAGUUCGCUCUUUUGUUUAUUAAUUUUGUUUAAUGUAAUACAUUCAUACAUACAUACAUACAUACAUAUUUCAUUUUCUUAUGAUAUGAUUUGAUAAUCAAUAAAAUGCUCAAUACAAAAGGA